AAAGGUCACAGGUGGCGCGCCAAAAGCAAAGUGAAAAUGAGUCGUGCAAAUGAACACAAGAAUCUACCAUGGGUGGAGAAGUAUCGACCCAACUCACUAGACGACCUUAUCUCACAUACAGAAAUCAUCAACACCAUUCAGAAGUUCAUCAAGCAAGAUCGCCUGCCCCACCUUCUUUUCUAUGGACCUCCGGGAACGGGGAAAACAUCCACCAUCUUGGCGGUUGCUAAGCAACUCUACGCUCCCAAGGAGUUCAACUCUAUGGUCUUGGAGCUCAACGCGUCAGAUGACCGAGGUAUCGGCAUUGUCAGAGGUAGCAUCUUGAACUUUGCCAGCACCAGGACGAUCUUCAAAUCGGGCUUCAAGCUGGUCAUCUUGGAUGAAGCCGACGCCAUGACCAACGAUGCACAGAAUGCACUCAGGAGAGUCAUUGAGAAGUUCACAGAGAACACCCGGUUCUGCUUCAUCUGUAACUACCUGUCCAAGAUCAUCCCUGCCCUCCAGUCCAGGUGCACCCGCUUCCGAUUCGGUCUUGACAACCAGCAGAUUGUACCCAGGCUGGAGCAUGUCGUCAGGGAAGAAAAUGUUGACAUGACGGAGGACGGGAAGAAGGCUCUCAUCACGUUGGCCAAAGGAGACAUGAGAAGAGUCAUCAACAUCUUGCAGAGCACAUCUAUGGCACAUGAGAAAGUAACGGAAGAGAAUGUCUACCUGUGUACCGGCCACCCUCUCAGGACGGACAUCGAGAACAUCGUCAACUGGAUGUUGAAUGAAGAUUUUACUGCCGCUUUCAACCACAUCAACCAGCUAAAGACACUCAAAGGUCUGGCCCUUCUAGAUAUCCUGUUAGAAGUCCAUACCUAUGUACACAGAAUUGAAUUUCCACAGAAGGUUCGGAUAUACCUCUUGGACAAGAUGUCAGAUAUUGAGUACCGCUUGGCAGCAGGGACCAGCGAAAAGCUACAGCUUGGAUCUUUGGUAGCAGCCUUCCAGACCGCACGAGAGAUGGUGGCUGCAUAAGCAUGACCGUACUAUUCAAAUAUAUUUAAAGAUAUGAAAGAAAUAAUGCCCCACUGCACUA